GUUGAUCUGCUGCUGUUCCCAGUGUCCGGCUCCCGCAGUCCAGACUCCUCGCUACCCAGCCAACCCGCCACUGCCCGCUGCAGCACCAACUCUUCAAGCUCAGUAUGACUCACGAAAAGGACAGCCUCAUUGUCUUUGACACAACCCUCAGAGACGGUGAACAGUCUCCGGGUGUCACCCUCAAUGAAAACGAAAAGGUCGAGAUCGCCCUCCAGCUCUCCCGUCUAGGAGUUGAUAUCUGUGAAGCCGGGUUCCCGAUCGCCUCGCCCGGCGAUUUUGCCGCCGUCAAGCGUAUCGCUCAGGAAGUUGGUCCCUUGAUCGAGGGCCGUAAGACUGGAAAGCCAAUGCGCAUUUGUGCCCUUGCGCGCGCUGUCCCUGCCGACAUUGAGCGUGCCUAUGAGGCCAUCAAGUAUGCGCCCUCCAACCGGAUCCACACUUUCCUCGCCACCUCCGAUAUCCAUCUGCAGUACAAGCUCAAGAUCACGCGAGAGGAGUGCAUCGCGCGAGCCACAGCAGCGGUGAAGUACGCAAAGUCGCUGGGCUGCGAAGAUGUCGAAUUUUCUCCAGAGGAUGCCGGCCGAUCUGAUCGCGACUUUCUCUGCACGAUCCUUGGAGCCGUCAUCGAAGCUGGCGCAACCACCCUCAACAUCCCCGAUACCGUGGGAUACAACACCCCAGAAGAGUUUGGUUCUCUGAUGCGACAUCUGAUCGCCAACACUCCGGGCUCGGAUAAGGCUAUUUGGUCAACCCAUUGCCACAACGAUCUCGGCCUUGCCACAGCCAACACUCUGUCGGGUGUCUUGAAUGGCGCUCGCCAGGUUGAGGUUGCCGUCAAUGGCAUCGGCGAGCGAGCCGGAAACACAUCCUUGGAAGAGGUUGUCAUGGCCAUCCAUACUCAUCCCGACUAUUUCCCUGUCCGCCACAACGUGGACACCUACCAAAUCUACCCGACCUCCCAGCUGGUCACCAAGCGUACCGGCAUGGUCAUCCAGCCCAACAAGGCCAUCGUUGGCUCCAAUGCCUUUGCCCACGAAAGCGGCAUUCACCAAGACGGUGUCCUCAAGAACAAGCUCACGUACGAGAUCAUCCAACCCGAAGUUAUUGGACUCCCUCCCCCCGCCCUGUUUUUGGGAAAGCAUUCGGGUCGAAAUGCCUUCAAGACACGCAUUGAGGAGCUUCUUGGAAGCGUUGUCUAUGCCCACCAUUUCCACGAGAAGCCGGCACUGCUCAACAGCCUGUUUGGCAAAUUCAAGUCCCUCGCGGACACCAAGAAGAAUGGCGUCAGCGACGACGAUAUUUUGGCUCUCCUGGAUGACGAGCUCCACAUCCGGGCGUCCGGGGAGCAGGUGUAUCAGCUCAAGUCUCUCCACGUCAUGUCUGGCAGCGGUGUAAGCGCCACGGCCACAGUGACGAUCAUCGACACCACCCGAGAGCCCGCAGUGACUUCGCCUAUCAUCGGUAGCCCCAGAAGCGAGCAAGCAGGCCAAGAGAACCAAGUCGCCGGGCUUGAGCUUAGCGAUGCAGCCGUUGGCCACGGCCCGGUCCACGCGGUGUUCAGUGCAAUUAACCGCGUCAUUGGUUGUCACAAUGUACUGGCGGCCUAUGAAGUCAAGGCCGUGACUGAGGGAUCCGACUCCCUGGGCAAAGUCGUUGUGAGAAUCCACGAGGGACCCGAUUCAUCUCAGGGCCAGAUUCCGAAGCUGAUUCCUCGAUUCGAAGAGAUCGACUCGGCCACGUAUCAGGGCCAAGGCAUUGACGAGGACAUCUUGGUUGCCAGCGCCAAGGCCUACAUCAACGCCAUCAACCGCAUGAAGUCGGCCAAGGAGCGCCAAUCAAAGCUGGAACCUGUCCAGAGAGGCGAAAUCGAGGUGAUUGGAGGAGUGGUUCCCUCCGUUCCGGAGAGCCGCAAUGUCGAUGUUUGAUUCAGGAACCUCUGCAAAGGCGAGCGCGUGUGGGUAACCCUCAGGGGGCAGCCGUCUCAAAUGCACGAUUCGAUUUCUGUUGGAAUGGCGAUUGCCUUGGACAAUACGACCACGUUCCUGUUGAAUAAAACAAUGGGACACAUCGUCACGUUCGGAGAAAAACAUGCCGUUGUUGCACCAUAUCACCCACUCGGCCAACAACGACCAAGUGGGCCAAAUUUUA